UGUUUACAAAUGGUUGCAGAUGGAAAGAGGAGGAAAGCAGUGAAAGAAGUACUGUUUCCUCAUAUUAUCAUCGCAGCAAGAAUCAAAAUGGGUCGCAAGGGUGACAAGACUUUAGGCAAAGACAAGAACCAGUCAUCAUCAAGUCAAGAUGCCCAAGACGAGGAUUCCAACAAAACCCCAGAGCCAUACAACUGCUCCGGGCUGUUCCAGUCCGACUUUGCUGAGUUGUGUCAUAGGCAAGACAUGACAUUUGUCCCACAGAUAGUUCCACGCCCGCGGCCGCCGGCGCCAUCUCCCAGUCAGGUUGCGGAAGGUAAACCAGAGAAAGGAAGGGAUAAAAACAAACAAGUCAGUGCCCCGGAACCAGACCCGGAACCUUUGUUAGACGAGGACGGUGAGCCAGUGGAGCCUCCUCCCAAGACGUACACUGUGAAGGACAAGUUUGAGUACUUCAAGCCAUCGAUACAGGUGGAGAUGGACAACCCUGACAAGCUGGACACUGUCACUGAAAUAUACAUUCGUGGUUGGAAGGUUGACGAGUGUAUGAUGAACAUAUUCAAACAGUGCUGGCCGGCCAUGGAGAGGCUACAUACAAUCAAUUUGUGGCAGGUGGGACUGACCGAGACUGUGGCCAUCUUGGCGUCCUUCAUGCCGCUCUGCAUGAAUCUGAAGAACCUGGUCCUGGAUGGCAACUGUAUACAGGAAGGUAGAGAGAACUGGCAUCUGUUGGUGGAUGAUGACAGCAGUGUUCAGCUUCUCUCACUCCAACAUUGCGCCGUCUCUGAUGAAGCUGCCGAGGGCAUUGGCAAGGCUCUGGGUACUGCCAAACGCUUCAACACAAAGCUCUUGUCUCUCAACCUGGCUGGCAACAGAAUCACAGAUGUUGGCGCGGAGCAUUUAGCAGGGGGACUUAGGAUGAACAGAACACUGCUGUCUCUCUCCCUGGCCAACAACCAGAUCGGAGAUAAGGGGGUGAAGAAAAUAGCAGAGGCACUGUCUCGGUUUCCCCUGACACACGAAGAGGUGGUGGCACGUCGUCGUCUCAUCUCAGAGAAAGGUUCUCCAGAGAGAAAUAAAUCUCCACCACCGAGUCGCAGAGCGGAUUCUAAGGACCGUCCUGGCAGUGUACGUAGCAGCUCUCACACGGACAGGGACAAGUCUAAGCGAGACAAGCCAUCUGCCAAAAAGAAUAAGGACCCCAAAGCGAAAGAGGAGGACAAGAAGGGAGGGACAAGGAAAGAAAAAGAUGACAAAGGCGGCACCAAGAAGGCAGGUGCUAACCCAACUAUUGGUGGUCGCAGUUCUGGUGACCAUCGUCCAGCCUCUAUAGCAGCUGAUGCAGGGAAGAGUGUGGGGAAGACAAAGGACAAGAAGAACAAGAAACCCACACCACAGGAGCAGGAGCAGCCGGAUGUCCCCGAGGUCAUCAACCCUCUGAUGGAGGUGGCGGACUACAUGUCGGAGCUGAAGACGCUCAUGGUGGCCGGCAACCGGGUCUUGUUGAACCUUAACCUGUCCAGGAACCAGAUCACGGAGGACGGUGUGAUGGAGCUGAUCAAGGCGGCGCAGUACCAGAAGACCCUGCUCAUGGACAACAAGAUUAAUGGCACCGGUCUCAUGAGGAUCUGUCUGCAUAAGAACAAACAGGGUCCAGGCUGAGUGUGAAGAGCUGAAGAAACUGAAUGACAUGAUGGCAGCUAAACAUCCGGGUUCUACAAACCUCCGGGGAGGCAGUGUGAGAGGUAGGUCACACCUGAUGGGGAGGCAGUGUGAGAGGUGUCAAAAUUUAAGCAAAAUGGAUCGACACUUGUAACAACACAAAUUCUGACUGAGGACAUCAAAAUACCAAAAAUGCUGCUUUAUGGCUUUUUGAUCGAGGGAGCUUGAAACGGAACCUUACCACGAUGAUGCUGAUGUAUUUGCAUGUUUUAUAGUAAAACAGUGUGUGUGUGUUCAGAACUCAUGCUGUGAUGGUAUAAUUGUGAUAUAGAAAAUGUAAAUAUUCUCAAAAUGAUAAUAAACCUGUUUGCCUUUA